AUGGCAAGAGAUCGAGAAGGAGGUAUCAACACUCCUAAGACUGCUUCUUUGCAGAAGAUAAUGAAAUUCAGAAUGGAACAACAGCAGAUACAUGAUGAGCAUAUGCAGAAAAGGAGAAUGCAUAAUCAAGAGCUUCAGCCCACACCACCAGAUUCUGUUCAAUACAGAUCACGCAAGCAUAAGUGCUAUAAGGAAGAGGAACCAGGAUGUGGCCAGCAAUCUCUCAAGCAGCCAGCCAACACUUUGAGCCAAUAUCAUCAAACUUCUCUCACUCCUAAAUCAAUAGAUCAUUUUUCUGAAUACAAAUCUGCUAAUGAUAUUCAACUGUAUUCUUUUUCAGGAAAAGGUGACUAUUUUGAGUGGGAAAGAACCAUGGACAGGUGGCUUUGGUACAACAGAAUCCUUAAGAAAGAAAGAUUAGCUUUUGCAAUAUCCCAGCUCAAAGGAAAUGCUUAUAAGUGGUGGUUGCAAGAAGAAGAUGAUCGCAGGUUCUACAAGGAACCAGCUAUCACCACUUGGGAAAGUCUGAAGUUGUUACUAAGGGAUAAGUAUGCAUCCAAAGGCCACACAUCUCUGAAAUCUCCAAAGAAGAAAGUCAUAUCCGCAACAGACAUCAAAAGUGAAAAAUCAGAAACCAAGAUGGCUGAUUAUGAGAAAGAAAUCAUCAGCCUUGUUAAGGAGAUUCUUAAGACCAGCAAGCACUUAGACAAGCAGAAGAAGCGCCCAAAGAAUCAAGAACCAGUUGCUACUGUCUCAGAACUCAAUGAUGCAGAACCAGACUUAGCUGCCCCAAUUCAAGAAGCUCAAACCAAAACAUCUACGGGAAAAUGAAAGUUUGAGAAAGAACAAGAGUUUUCUCUGUUCUUACCUCACCCUGAAUCUAAUUUUAAUAAUUCCUUUGAUGAACUAACUUGUCUUGAACCGGUGCAACCGAGUAGAAUUGUUUCAGUGUCACAGGUUGCAAAAGAAGACUCAGCAGAAAAAGAACCAGAGAGUACAACAACACAAGAAGAACAACAGAAAAACUUGCAGACAGAAUCAGCUCAUGAAUCUUUGUCUUAUGAUCUGCAAGAGCACUGUAAGGAGUUUAAUAUGGUUGCUUCUGUGCCUAGAAUGUUUGUUAAAGUGAGUACUGAAGACAUAAAACGUUUUGGUCUUGAUAAAGUAAAAGAUUUUUGUGUUUCAAAAUCUGUUUUUGAUAACAUGUUUAAAUCUUUUAAAGAACUUAAACCAGAAAUUAUCUUUGAUCAAAAACGUUUUCAAAAUCAAAAUAAUAACAUUUCUGGUCAUAUUCUGAGUUUUGAUCAUUUUCUGAAACAUGGCAAAAGUUUUGAUCAUUUUGAAAAGGUUUUAGAGCUUGAAUUGAAACAAUCUGAUUUCUGUUUGAAACCUUGUGAUUCAUUUGCUAGAACUGAAGAAAGGAGUUUUGUUACGAACUUCCAUGUGCAUAAACUGAUCCUUGAUAAUUCUUGUGUUUCUGCUUAUGUAUUGAAUGAACCUAAGAAGUUGCAGGAACCGAAAUUGCAUCAAUUUGAUUUUAGAUUUAAAUUUGUGAAAUCUGCAAAGUUCUCUGAGUUUGAGCUUGAUUGUUUGUGUGCUGAAAAUGAUUCUAAACAUGUAGGUUGGUUCUUUGAUGAUAUUCUAGUGUAUAACACUUUCUUUGAUAAAUCUGCUGCACAAUUGAAACUAGAUAUCACUGAUUCUGAAUGUGUGAACUUGAACCUAAUGAUAUUUGGAUCUACAAUACUUUCUUUGAUAUGAUAACACACUUGACUUGUCCAAAAAGAUCUGAGAAGUGUACAGGUAAAAAGAGGGGCUAUACUGAUGAGUCCUUGGCUAAGCUGGAGAUGCAACAAUCAAAUCUUGGAAGCUGUCUAGCCGCCAGCUUUGACAUAGGAGUAGUCCGAGGAUCAUAUCUCAGCACCCAGAACGAAUUAAGCAACAAACUCAACUGCAAUGGAAACUACACUCAUCAGGGUCUCACGUAGAAUUGGAAUCAUGUCCAAAGCUUCUCAUAUGAAAGAGUUAUGGAUUCUACAAGUCAGGUGAUCCUCUGUGUGCUUUGUUUGAAUUUUUCUGAGUUCAGAAAAUCUCAAUCCUAUCUAUGGCGACCAGGUGAGCAUGCUAAGGUAAUUGAUCAUGUUUUCAAGAAUUAUUUUAGUAUUGAUUACACAGAUAUAAUGCACUUGUUUUUGUCAAAAGAGCCAUGUGCAGAUUAUAAGGAAGCUUGGAAACAUACAAGGAGAAAGAACAAGCAUGAGGAAGAUAAGAGAUUCAAACCACCUGAUCUGGAUCAGCAUAACCAUGAAAAUAUCCCUUGUUUUAUCCUCAUCAAAGAAGCUCCCCCAGAUGCAGCCUACAAUCCAAGACCGAGCAAAAACCGAUUUGGGAUAAGACUCUUACUCUUUGAUAAAUUUUCAUUUGCUAACUUGUUGUGUCUCAAUGAGUUUGAAUCAGGUUUUAGGUAUGCAUCAGGAGUAUGGAGAACCCAACAGAUCAGUUCCUUCUACAUUACAGAACCAAUCAGCAACAAUGCCUAUCAAAGAGUCUUGCAAGGUAAAACAGAUUUGAGGACAAAUCUUUUUCAAGAGAGAGGGAAUCAUAUGAUUCUGGACCAGCUUACCAAUGAAGAAAAUGUGAUCAUGGACCAGCUUGUAGAUGAAGAUGCCCUAGCCAUUCCUGAAGGUCCCAACACUUGUUCCAGAUCAAAGAAACUCAAUGAAGCUGAUGGAGGAAUACUCAAGAUGUCAAGGAAGCAAGAAGAUUGUCUUGGUUGCAGCUUGAUCAACCAAGACACACUCACCACAAUUCAAGCUACUCCACCUUCAAGCUGAUCAUCAUCUAGGCAAGUAGCUUGUGUGUGCUCUUUUCCUAACCUUUGGUUUUGUCCCACUGGGUUUUCCAAAGGAAGGUUUUUAACGAGGCCACAAGUUUACUUUCACACCUCCUAGAUGAUGAUCCCGGACCAACCACAUUAUCUAUCUUAUGUUAUUUUUAUCCUAUGUUUUAUGUUUUGAAUAAUUUCGAAAACUUGGUCUUUGUUUAGUUUCCAAGGGAGCCUGUUCCCUUUAUUUUUAUUUCUAUUUUCGAGACUUUGUGCAUGUACAAGGGCCUCUCUUUAUAUUGUGGUCGUGACCCCCCUUUAUCAUUAAGCAAUCUUUUAUCAAAAACCCUUUUCUCUCUU